AUGGCAGUCAACGAACUUGAAAGCGAAGGCGCUCUGCGAACAGUGAAAGAUCUCACUGCCGGCGCUGCUGGCGGUAUUGCGCAGGUUCUCCUUGGUCAACCAUUUGACAUUAUCAAGGUCCGACUCCAAACCACCACAAAUUACUCAAACGCCUUCGAUUGUGCCACAAAAAUUUUGAAGAACGAAGGUCCGUUGGCGUUUUACAAGGGAACUUUAACACCAUUGGUCGGAAUUGGUGCCUGUGUCAGUGUCCAAUUCGGAGCUUUCCAUGAAGCACGGCGACAAUUCGAAGAAUUGAACGCCAAAAAGGACCCCCGUAACACAUCUCUAUCUUACCCACAAUACUACCUUGCUGGAGCUUUCGCUGGCAUUACCAAUUCUGUCAUAUCCGGGCCCAUCGAGCAUGUCCGCAUUCGGUUACAAACGCAACCACAUGGCGCCCAGCGGCUAUAUAACGGGCCAAUCGACUGCAUCCGCAAACUGUCAGCUCAUGAAGGCGUUCUUAAGGGUAUCUAUAGAGGAGGUCUCGUCACCGUAUUCCGAGAAGCCCAAGCCUACGGCGUUUGGUUCCUCAGUUUCGAAUAUCUCAUGAACUGGGACGCAAAGCGCAACAACAUUAAGCGAGAAGAGAUCUCAGCCGUCAAAGUGGCAACCUACGGAGGUCUUGCAGGUGAAGCUCUCUGGCUAGCAAGUUAUCCUCUCGAUGUCAUCAAGAGUAAGAUGCAGAGCGAUGGAUUCGGAGCCCAACAGAAAUAUGCGGGGAUGACCGAUUGUUUCAAGAAAACUUUUGUGACUGAGGGAUUGGGCGGGUUCUGGAAGGGAAUUGGACCAACGUUGCUCAGAGCAAUGCCAGUUUCUGCGGGAACAUUCGCAGUCGUUGAACUUGCAAUGAGAGCUCUUGGAUAA